CGCGGCAGUUUUAAAAAUUGACUGAACAGACUUGUCCCUACCUGAAUACAUAAAAUAGAUGCGUAGCUAACUAGCUAUAGGAUUUGCUAGACAUGUUGAAGAAAGCACCAAGGACGGUUUUGAAAUCUCAAAUGAAAAAGAAGUCUGACAUACGUAUCGGAAAAAAUGCAGACAUAAUGAUCCAGCUAAAUCUGCUGCUUGUCUUGCACCGACUGGCAGAGGAGUCCAGAGUCAAGGCUUUUGAGGAAAAAACAGCCACCAUCAAAGUCCAUCACCUCAAAGCAGUUUCAAAGAAACUACUGAAGAGCACACGAGGAUGAGGAGAGAAAAUCAUUUACUCCUUUCAAAGACUGAAGCUGCAGAGUCUUGUGUGAAAAAGCCCAAAUUACAGUGCACUGCACACCUGGCUCAGCUUUAAGGCAAGCAAGACAAGACUCCACUGAGUCUCCAUACAUUUAUUAUAUACUUGUCUAAACUUAAGGUCCACUUUGUUGUUGGAUUUAUGUGCUGGAUUUUUUGUGUGUAGUCUUACCCUGAAAGAUUAGUAAUAUUUCCUCACAGAUUAAUUCUCUGUUGAUAUCUCUUUUACUGUUGACCUUUGCAAGAGAGGUGUUGGGAAACAGUUGUGUAUAAACUCAGUCUGUAACUGAUGGUAUCAGGCUCAAAUAUCUACAGCCACAAAUGUUUCCUCCUGUAUUUUUGGAUUUUAGCAUUAUAUAAUACCUGUUAAUAAACAGUUUGUUCCACUUGGUAAAAUGCA